CUGCAUGUUUUCUUAACAUUUAAUGAAUCUAUAAGUGUUGUUUUUUAUUUAUAUAUAUAUAGAAUAUAUAUAUUAAUAAUAAAAAUUAUUUAGUAUUAAAUAUUAUAUACAAUUAAAGAAGAAAAAGAAAGUUACACGAUGGGAAAAACCGAAUUUAAUGACGAGAUUGUUCGAAUGCGAAAAUUAGUAAAGCAGGCCAGGGUACGUGUAAUUCAUAAAUUGACUAGAGAAGCCAAAACAUUACGUGCGAAAAAAGGGACUGAGAAACAACUAGAAAAGAACAAGAAGAAAGCUGACAAAUUGAUCAACGAGAUACACUUUUUGAAAAAGUUGAAAAAUGAUAAUAUUACCAAAUUUGGCAUUAGUAAUAAAAAGAGUUUGCAAGAAAUUUUACAAAGUAAAAAGUCUAAGGUAAGUGCUCGUAUCAUGGCUAGAAUAACGGAACACAAGUUGUUGAAAAAUGCCAUAAUUCAAUUUCGCGACAAGUAUCCUGAUUAUGAACAACAUUUACAACCUGGAAAAAAUAAAUCUGCGAAGCAAAAUAAUAAAUUUGAUAAGCAAGAUGAGAAGGAAAUAACAGUAAAGAGAGAAACACUUGAUAGUAGCGAAGUCACUGAAAGUUUAGUAGAAAAUGAAUUAAAUUCUGACAACCAAGAUAGUGAUGUAAAAACAGGAAUAGAAGAUAACAGUGUAAAAUCAGAAAUAGAAGAUAACAGUAUAAAAUCAGAAAUAGAAGAUAGCAGUGUAAAAUCAGAAAUAGAAGAUAACAGUGUAAAAUCAGAAAUAGAAGAUAAUAAUGUAAAAUACGAAAUAGAAGAUAAUAGUGUAAAAUCAGAAAUAGAAAAUAAUAGUAUAACAUCAGAAACGGUAGAUAAUAGUGUUCUAUCAAAAACAGAAACAGGAGAUAACAAUCUUUUUAAAGAAGAACAAAAUUCAGAAGAGAAACAUGAUUCAGAAGCAGGAAGUAUUAUCAAAACAGAACCUACGAUUUCUGAAAAAAUUGAACAAAUAGAUAGUAGGAAACAUUUGAAAAGGAAUAGAAAAGAAAUGACUGAAUCUAUAAAAGAAUACAAUAAUAAUGGUGACAAGAAUAUCAAAAAAGCACGAAUAAAGGAAGAAAUAUCUAAGAUGGAUAAGAAAAAAGAAACAGUUAAAGUUAUUAGUAAAGAGGCAACAGUUAAAAGGUUUGUAGACAUUCUACAGGAAGAAAAUUCGGAAGAAAAUUUGGAAGAAAAUUCGGAAGAAAAUGUUUCAUUGAAGGUAAACGAUAAGAAAUUUUCUAAGAAUAAGUUAAAAUCUGAGAAGACAGUUGAUCCAUUUUUCAUUAGCGGGGAUGGUAAUGAGUAUCUUAGUUUGGCACCAUCGAAAACGAAAGAAAAUAAUGAUUUGUCGUUGGACGAGGAUGAUAACUUUUAUAACAAUAAGAGAUCUAAACAGUAUAGUAGUAAUAAAAGAUCAUUCGCGAACGAUAGAUUCUUUAGUAAUGUAAAAUCUUCUUCUGAAGAUAUAAGAGGAAGAAGGAGAAGACAGGAAGAAAGUCAAUAUAAUGACAAUAAUUUUAAUAGGGAUAAAAGUUUAUUUAAAAAGCAAAAGUACAAUAAUGGGUCAUCGUUCAGAGAUACAAAAAAUCAUAAUAAGAAUGUCAUCAUGAAUGCAAAUUCAAAUGAAAAUGAAAAUUUACAUCCGUCUUGGGCGGCUAAGAAAAAACAACAAGAAAUUCUAAAGCAAGGUUUCCAAGGGAAAAAAAUUGUUUUCGAUGACGAAUAAUUUAUAUCUAAUUUAUAAUUGAUAUUUUUUAACAGACGUUGUAAAUAAAUUAUUCUUAUUCUUAUAUGAUAGAAAGAAAUUUCUUUUUAGUAGAAAUUUAAAAGAGAAAUUUGUAUGAAUAUAAUGCUCUUAUAUGAUAUUAUCACUUACACCAAAUGAAAAGAUUACGGAAAUAGGACAACUAGACGUGACGGGAAAUGAAUAAUUUUAUAAGCUCAUCACUUACUCUGCUUUGAUCAGUGAUUUUCUACGUCGGAAAGCGAUUACGUUCGCCAGGACGGUUCAACAUCAUUUAUUUCUUCGCUUAAGAACAAUUUUCGUACGCAUAAUUGUAUUCCAUGAUUAAUUAUUUAUUUCAAGAAAGAAGAAAAAAAUGGAUUCCUUGAAACGUUUUUCAUUUUUUGUAUAUUUAAAAAAAAUAUGGUAUUGGUUAAACUAAUAUAUUCAGUUACUAGUAAUACUAAAUACAAAUGAAUGCUAUUAGUCGAAUAGUUCACACUGAACUUUUAUUAUAACAUGUAUGUACAUAUAUAUACAUAUAUAUAUACACAAUGGGAUACAUUCUUAUUAUUAAACAAAUCAAUUCUAAUUAAAUCUAGAUAAAAAAAAUUGAUUAAACUUCUAUAAUUAAGUUUAUGUAAAUGUCGAAAAUAUAAAAUAAAAUGUAAAUAAACUAAGAUACG